UAAAACCACUGAAGAAGAAGAAGAACUUGGGCAAUAUCUUCCCCUCUUCCCAAUUUGCAAAGGAUGGUGGAAUAUUGACUGGACUAGGAUUCCCUUCACAAUGUUAAAAUUACAACUAUUUAACACGUUUCUUACCGACCGAUUAUCAGCGGCCGCUGUGGAAAUAUCUGGGGCAUUUAAAAAAUCGUUAGCAGAGUACCAGGAAGAACUAUCCCGUUCAAAGGAGGAGAUUGAACGUCUACAAAGGAUGCUAGAUUUGGUUUUGGAACCCGAGAUAAAGUUACAUGGAACAGAAGUGGUUUCUCCUGUGCAGAGUCAGCAAGAGGGGAGCCCCAGUUUGGGCCAAGACCCAGAUCCCACACAGAUUAAAAAUGAACAGGACCCUGAGCCAACACAGAUUAAAGAGGAAGAAGACCUCAGGACCAGUCCGAAAGAUCACACACAGAUUAAAGAGGGGGGGGGAGUUCUGGGUCAGUCAGGGCGGAGACCAACUUCAAGGGCUGGAGUCUGAUAUAAGAGUUCAUAUUCAACCCUCCCUAUAUUAAAAGUGACUGAUCAGGACCCAUCUCAACCCUCACACCUUUACCAAAGUCAAAAUGUAAAGAACAGACUUAGUGACUCUCUACCUACCAACACAACUGAGCAGAUGGAAACAGAAGUGAAUGAAGAGAACUACAGUGUCUCUCAGCCCUUCUCUGCAGUAAAUUCAGAGUGCUCUGCUGAUGAGACUAGAACAAGAGAAAAUGCUUGGGUUGAGAAGGGAGAAACAUCGUCAGGGUUAAAGCGGAGUUGUGAAGGCAAAAAAUACUGUUGCCAUGUCUGUGGCAAAUGCUUCGCACACAAUACUAAUCUGAGAAUCCAUAAGACUGUUCACACAGGGGGGGGAAGCCAUAUAAGUGCAAAGACUGACAAAUGCUACAGUGCAAAGGCAGACCUGGUAAGGCAUAUGAGGAAUCGUCAUUAUUGGCCAGGGCAUGUUCUAGGAGGACAUUUUAAUCAGGAAACCCAUCAUACUGUGACAAACAAAGAUGCUUUAUUAAUGUGUGAUGACAAGGAGUUGCUGGGAAGAUACAGGCUUGAUCAGGCAGGAAUUACGUUUGUAUUGGAGUUAGUCAGAGACUCUCUCACGUCGUCAAAACAUCAAUGUCAAGCCAUUUCUCCUGAAGUUAAAUUACUAAUAACCCUGGGUUACUUGGCCACAGGCAAGAUGCUACCGUGCAGUAGUGACGAUUUGGGACUGUCAAGCUGUUCUAUAGCUCAUGUCAGAAUGGUGAUAUCACAAACUAUCAAUGCCCUCUCAGAUCCUCAACUAGUAGGCCAGUUCGUUGCCUUCCCGCAAGAUGCCAGCCAGCUCCAACACAACCAAGCUAGGUUUAAAGCAAUAGCUGGCUUCCCCAGUGUUGCUGGAGUCAUUGGCACAACUUUUAGAAGCAGCUCAGUAUUAAGUACAACAUACAACAAGGAGUUCAAUAAUUUCCCUGGAGACCCAAUUAUUUUAAUCAACACCCACGUGGUGUUCGAUGCACACUGCAAGGUUCUCUAUGUUGUGCCGAAGAGCGUGGAUCAGGAGAUACUGAGUGAGGUUGGCCUCAAACAGAUUGAGGGGCUUCUUGCGCUUGCUGGAUAUCACUUGUUGGGGGACAGUGGAUACCCCUGCAGACAAUGGCUGCUCACAUCUUACCUCCAUCCACUGCCUGGCCCACAGUUCAACUACAAAAGGGCACUUAAGAAAACGAGAUGUAAUGAGGGCCAUCAGCCAAAUGAAGAGGAGAUUUCCCAUCCUGCAAGCAUGAUGGCUGAAGAGAAUGGGCCAGUAGAGAGCCUGCCCCCAAGUGAUCUUCACUACAGACUCUACUUUACUGAUCUACAUUUCAAGUAUGCUGUAGAACAGACCCUGAAUGUGUGGCUAUCACAAGUACUGUACAUGAGUUAGCUACAAACGAUAUGGAAAUAUGUGUUUAUCGAUCAGUUACAGUUCAACUGUCACAAGGGUGAGUUAUUGUUGAUUUUAAGAAUAAAUCAUUAACCC